AAAAAAAAUCCUCGAGUUUUGCUGGUAAUUGGCUAAGCGCUGCCUCUGAGCACCCACCGCUCGUCGCAGCACCUACGUGGCUUGCUGAGCCCAAUCACCAACGCGUCGCGAGGCCUUGUAUGCGUACGCUUCGCCGUAGACGCAAGAGCGCCGAAGGCGCAUAGCACCCGAACGCGGCCAAAUUGCACCGCGCGUACGCCGUCGACGCGCGCGCGCGAAGACGCAAGGACACAGAAACAACAACAGCAACAAAUGGCCGCCGUCUACGAGGGCUGGGAGUACCCGCCGCCCGACUGCUAUUCGUGCGAUCAUCGCGACAGCGAGGGCCAUUUGAGGUACAAAGGGGCGCUGCUCAAGAAGGGCGGUUCGCGAUCAGCAAAAAUAAAAACCGACCGCAACAGCGGCGACAAGACGCCGAAAUCUUCUUUCUUUGGGCGACGGAACUGGUCCGACCGCUUCUUUUACCUGGAUCUGGACAAGGGCCACUGGAGCUACUACAAGGAUGCCGGGUAUGAAAAUCUAGCCGGUGUUGUUAGACUACUCCCUCACUCGUCGAUAGUAGUACCGGAAGAGGUAAGAUUGCGAGGCAGACACGCCCCGACGGACCCCACCGAGACGCUCAACUACUUCGAGGUCCACCACACGACCGACGACGCGGGCAAGGUCCGGACGGCGCCGUUCGUGGUCCGGGCGCCCUCACCUAGGGAGUUCGAGGACUGGUUGAGAGCCUUAAGGUGGUGUCUGGCUCGCCUGAGACGGGGCUCCUUGUCCGAGGAACCUUCCGCGGGCGGCGUGUCGCGGGACUUCUACCUGAGCGGGGGCUCGGCGGCGGCGGGCCUGAGUGUGGCCUCGUCGGCGGCGGGCGUGACCCCGGAGACGCACACGGCGUCCACGACGCCGCCCCCAAAACCGGCCGCGAACUACAAGGACGAGCUCGAGGAGGCCUUGGACAACGUCCGCCUCUCCGGUCAAUCUGAAAGAAAAUCCGAGGAAGAAAGGCCCGCGUCGACGGAAUUGAGGUUGGGCUUCGACGCGCGCGCCUUUUUGGACAUGGAGUACUACUACCAGGACAUGAACGGCGCGCAGAAGGGCCCCGUCGACUUCGAGGGACUGAAGGCCGUCUGGACGCGUUCUGAAAUAGACGAGCUGUCCUAUAUCUACACCAAUAGGAAAGACGAGUGGGUCGACCUCGCCUCGCUGCCUACUCUGAUGAAGUUGCUCACAUCAAGGACGUCCGACCCGCCGCCGCCCCCGCCGCCGCCGCCCCCGCCGCCACCACCUGUCCAAGCGCGGGCGGGCGUGCCCUACGCGUCGCCGACGUCGCGGGGCCCGGCGCCGCGCGCCUUCCGGCUCUGAUUUUGUUCCCCUACCAUGUAAGACAGUUAGACA